UGGAGCUCCAGUCUGCAGCUAGACCCUUCUCUAAGUUAUUGAAGAAUCAGCCAUCCGAGAAGCUUUCGUAUUGUGAACUCAUUAUUUUUCCCUGCUACCUAUGGGUGAUGCUGCAGUUACUGCAAGACCGGGUGUUGGGGUUGGGAUAGUAGUUACUAAUGCCUCCUACCCUGGCUGCGUCCUGCUCGGUAGAAGAAAAGGAAAAUCCCCUGGGGCUGGUAUGUACCAACUUCCUGGGGGACACCUGGAGUUCGGUACCGUCGAGCAGUAUUGUGACAAAAUUUUCCUUCAGAGAGUUGAAAAUCAGAGAACGGAAAGCAGGUGUGAGGGCGUGAUGGAAAGGCUAAGCAGAGAAAGUUGGGAGAAUUGCGCAGAACGCGAAACACUGGAGGAAACUGGACUUCACUUUAAAAAUGUACAUUUUGCAUCAGUGGUAAAUGGAAUCAGCCUGAAGGAUAAUUACCACUAUGUUACAAUUAUAAUGCAAGGGGAGGUAGAUCCGAGUUACCCAUCAGAACCAACAAAUCUAGAGCCUGAAAAAAAUGAAGGAUGGAAUUGGGUUAAAUGGGAAGAUUUUCCUCCAAAUGACCAUCUGUUCUGGGCUUUGUCGCUUCUGAAGCAGCAAGGCUACAAUCCUUUCAGUGAUGAUUUUAAUCAUCUACAACCACAUACACAAAAUCAUUUGUAGUCUUUUAUUGUUGCAAUGUUUACGCUAUCUGCUAUGAGAGAAUCCUUUUAAAUAAAGGAACCCUGCUUUUUA